UCAGAGGUCGGACCUGCGUCACUGCCAGCGGCUCCGGGGGAUGACGUCACGGCUCGCUCUGCAGCGGUUUGGGACCCACACAUUGCAAAGCCUCCUGGGAAAUUACUGGAGAAAUGAGUUGCACAAUUGAGAAAGUCUUGGCUGAUGCUAAAGCCUUGGUGGAGAGACUACGCAAACACGAUGGCGAAGCUGAAUCACUGAUUGAACAAACUACCGUGCUGAACAAACGUGUUGAAGCAAUGCAGCAGUAUCAAGAGGAGAUUCAAGAGCUGAAUGAGGUAGCCAGACACAGACCUCGGUCUACAUUAGUCUUGGGGAUCCAGCAAGAGAACCGUCAAAUCAGGGAACUGCAACAGGAGAAUAAAGAGUUGCGUACGUCUCUUGAAGAACACCAGUCUGCUCUGGAACUCAUCAUGAGCAAGUACCGGGAGCAGAUGUUUUGCCUGUUGAUGGCCAGCAAAAAGGACGAUCCUGGCAUUGUUAUGAAGCUGAAAGAGCAGCAUUCGAAGGAUUUACAGACCCAUGUGGAGAAAAUCCAUGAGAUGACGGCAGUUAUAAAGUGCGCCAUCGAAAUUGAUGAUCAGGAAGGGAACAUGGAAUAUGAUCGAAUUCUAAAACUGGAGCAAGAAAAUAAGGGAUUACGGGAAAUCCUUCAGAUAACGCGAGAAUCCUUUCUAAAUCUACGAAAAGACAACCCGGAAACCACAUCUGUGGCUGUUGUCAUCCCAGGGACUGACCUGAGUUUACGGAAAAGCUGAAGCUGUUUUGUGCACUCUGGGCCUCAGACUGUGUGGAACUGUUAUGAUGGGCAUCAGCAAAUCAAUGUGACUGCACCCCUUUAUUUAAACCGGAUACGGUACAUGGACUUACAUCCCCAGUUUAAGAAGGUGCAUUAUAUCUGCCAAUCAUUGCAUAGAUAACUCAAUAUUUUAUUCCCCACAAAGCGUGAAUUCUAAAAGUACUAUUUUUUUAAGAAAUAUCUGAAUAUUUUAUAAAACAUGCAAAGGACGGUCAGAUUCUAUUCAGGCUGUUAAUUCAUUACAUUCCUUUAAGUAUUUCUGCUGGUGUAAUCCGUUCUUUUUUGUGUGAUUGUGAUCAGUCCGUGCUGGUAGAAAGCGAGCUUACACUGGCCACUGACAUCCUUUCAUCGUUACCUCAAUAAAAUUGAUGGAGUUUGUGAAUACAUACUAA